CAGAGCAAGGUUUAAUUUCAAAUAUUUCGAGGGGUGUAAAAGUAAAAGUAAGUAUACCGGACCAAGUUCUCCGACUCCCAAUCCCUAAAAAUUCACGAGAAGGGAAUUCAGGCAUGGAAGAGCAGCGAUCAUGGUCGGAGAUCGACUUCCUCCGCUGCUGCGGAAGCUCCAAGUUCUCCCGGGCGAUGAUGGAGGCCUCUCCCUUCCCCGAUCUCCAGCACGCCAUCCAAUUCGCCCGAAACAUCUGGUUCAAUGAGAUUGAUGUUAAUGGAUGGCUUGAUGCUUUUGCUGAUCAUCCCCCAAUCGGAGCCACCUCCAAACCCAUCUCACAGUGGAGCAAAGAAGAGCAGUCCACUGCAGUGGUUACUGCCACUGAUUCCACUAUGGAGGAAUUGAUAGAGUGGAAUGCUCGGUAUAAAGAAAAGUUUGGAUUUGUGUUUCUCAUAUGUGCAUCAGGGAGGAGUACACCUGAAAUCCUCUCUGAACUCAAGAAGCGAUACUCGAACCGGCUUAUUGUUGAGCUGGAGAUAGCAGCACAGGAGGAGAUGAAAAUCACUGAGCUUCGCAUGGCGAAGCUUUUUGAGAGCAAAGCAAGAGCUGUCCCUGCAACAUCCACCCGACAAUCUGUGGAUCCUGUAAAGAAAUCUGAAGAUCGAUUAGGUAUUAUUGGAGCACACUUGGUAGCCGGUUCCGAGGCUCCUGAAGAUAAACCUCUUGUACAUUCAGGUAAUCCUCGACGUAGUCGUCCGCCAAUCACAACCCAUGUCUUGGAUGUUGCACGUGGGUGUCCCGGAAAAGGCAUUGAAGUUCAACUGGAGAUGUGGAGAAAUCAACAGAAUUACCCCUCCUUCAAAGAACAGAGUUCUGGCAAUUGGUCCUUGCUAGGAUCUUCAGUCACCGACUCUGAUGGCCGGAGUGGCCAUCUUAUGAACAUCAUCGAUGACAUUACCCCUGGGAUUUAUCGAAUAAGCUUUAACACUGGCAAGUACAACCCUUCUGGUUUCUUUCCUUACAUCAGUAUCGUGUUCGAGAUCAAGGAAUCACAGAAGUCUGAGCAUUUCCAUGUCCCUUUACUUCUUUCACCCUUUUCCGUCACUACAUACCGUGGCAGCUAAAUCAAGAAUAGAGGUUUGAAACCUAAACUUUUGUGCAUAAAUGUUGUCGUAUUUGUCCUUUUCGACAAUGUAUCAUCCGCAGCUUGAACGUGCACUGUCAAGAAAUACGAAAGUUAACUUAUUUUGUAAGCAUGGAUUUAUCCUUUUGAUUCGUUUUA